UUAUCUACGAUUGGUAUUUUUCUCAACACCCAACAGAGGCAGCACCAACACACAUGAUGGUCUUCCAUUAAUAUUUGUAAUGUCUUCUUGCAAUGUAUUUGAUGAUGAUAGUACCAAAAAAGGGUUCCAUUCCAACAAGUUGAAGCAACAUAUUUCUUUGGCUAGGUAUACUAGUUCAGGGACCAAAGAAAGUGAGAGUAAUGGGAAGAACAUGGGGGGUUCUUAGGUUUACCACUGUAGGUUCCGAUACAUUCUUAUUCCCUACACCUUUUUUGUAUUGAAAUCUCAUGUGCAGACUCCACAAUCCUCACCAGAAAAGACCAAUCUUUAAAUGGAACUGGUCGGUUCCGCGCGCAUUAAAAUAAUUUAAUGUGCAUACUGGACUUGAAAAGUAGCUUUCCACUAGGAAAUUCCUAGUAUAAAAGUCUGACUUUGUAUCAACUGAUGAUUCUGCAAUAUCCUAAGCAUGCAGCAGCUAAGUUAGUUGUGUGAAGUACUCAAGUCUUGCAAGUGGUUUUAGUGCUUCUGGUGGUCACACAUACACCUUCAAUCUUGCUUUCUUUCGGCUUCCGAAAACGUGGGCAUCUUGAUUCCAUCAUUCUAUGGUUUUGUAGGGCUUUGACAAAUAAACUCUUGAAAUCAAAUGUCAAGUUUGAUCUUCAAAACCUAGUAAAAGGACAUUCUUGAUAUAGGAAUAGUAGUGGCCUAGUUUUCUUGUUGCUCCAUUUUGUUCUCUCUAUAUAUGUACGAGACCUUAUCUCAGCAAAAAGCUAAGCUCGCUAUGGACUCCUCUAGGAAUUUUAUCUUGUUUUUCUCCAUUUUCUUGUGCUUUUUCUUUCUUCCCAUUCAGGGUAGACUCCGCGCAUUAUCACAGAUUUCUCUACCUCCCUCCCCUGCACCCGAGGCUUCUUUGCCCGGUUCCAAUGGGAAUUCACCUAAUUCUCCAGUAGUUUUUAAUGUACUAUCAUUUGGUGCUGUUGGGGACGGCGUGACUGACGACACACAAGCAUUCAAGAUGGCUUGGGACGCUGCCUGCCAAGUCGAAUUAGCCAUUGUCCUCGCUCCUCGUAGCUAUUCCUUCAUGAUACAAUCUACAAUAUUCACUGGCCCUUGUAAAAGUGGCUUGGUCUUUCAGCUCGAUGCGACUCUUAUGCCACCGGAUGGACCAGACUCGUGGCCUAAACAAAACAGUAGGCGACAAUGGCUGGUCUUCUACAGACUCGAUGGGAUGUCAAUGCAAGGGGGUGGCCAAAUAGAUGGUCGAGGAGAGAAAUGGUGGAAUCUUCCUUGCAAACCCCACAAAGGAAUAAAUGGAACUACACUUCCAGGUCCUUGUGACAGCCCAGUUGCCUUGAGGUUCUUUCAGAGCUCUAACUUGACGGUCCAAGGACUUCGAAUCAAAAACAGCCCCCAGUUCCAUUUUCGGUUUGACAGUUGCCGGGAUGUUCUUGUAAAUUCGCUUUACAUAAAAGCACCUCCACAGAGUCCCAACACGGAUGGAAUUCACAUAGAGAACACAUAUGAUGUAAAAAUAUACAAUUCAGUCAUUGCCAAUGGUGAUGACUGUGUAUCGAUUGGAACCGGUUGCUAUAAUGUAGACAUAAAGAACAUCACAUGUGGUCCAAGUCAUGGAAUAAGCAUUGGCAGCCUAGGCAGCCGUAAUUCCCGAGCCUGUGUAUCAAAUAUCACAGUGACAGACUCUACCAUCAAGCACUCUGAUAAUGGGGUAAGGAUUAAAACAUGGCAAGGUGGAUCAGGAGCAGUAUAUAAGGUUACCUUCAACAAUAUUCGCAUGGACACUGUCCGGAACCCCAUCAUGAUUGACCAAUACUACUGUCAAACCAAGGGCUGCAUCAACCAGACUUCUGCAGUAUCCAUUUCCGACAUCUUGUAUGAAAACAUUAAGGGUACUUAUGAUGUCAGAAGCCCGCCAAUUCGUCUGGCCUGCAGCGACACAGUCCCCUGUGCCAACCUCACUUUUUCGGAGGUGGAGUUGCUUCCUGCUCAGGGACAGGUUGUGUUGGAUCCAUUUUGUUGGAAUGCCUAUGGAGAUCUGAGGACACUCACCAUUCCACCAGUUUAUUGCUUGUUUGAGGGAAAUCCAGCAUCGAUACCUCAAAAUGAUAUUUACAAAUGCUGAUUAAAAUCAGUUAGAUAAUGUAAAGUAGAUUUAGACAUAUCAGAAAUGCAAAAGCUAUAGUUGUAUCAAGUGAAAAUUCAGUAAUGAAACUAGGUAAAGACUUAAAGUUUUAAGAGUAUAAACUUGUUUAUUUUACUUUUGCCAGCAAUUUGUGGUUCUGUUCUUAAAUCAUGGAUUUGGAAUUUCGCCAAGGAAU